UAACGCUCUGGUCUGGUCAUACCUAUGGGGGACCAACCUUGUGCCUCCGGGAGAUCCACGCUCCCACCAGGAAAUACGCGGGAACCGAAGCCUCCAAAAAAGCGCUGUGUCCUGGCUCCUCGGUGGGAUUAUCCUGAAGGGACUCCCAGUGGUGGUAGUACCACUCUCCCCUCGGCGCCUCCUCCUGCAUCUGCUGGACUCAAGUCGCACCCUCCUCCUCCGGAGAAGUAGUGAAAUAGAUUUUUUUCCCAGCCGAAAUCAGUUUGUGAGGGAUUGCAGUAUGGCUCCGUUUCCUUGGUGCGUUUGUAAAAUAGUUCACCCACUGAAGACCAUGAAGAUUCUUUCCAAUGCUAUCCUGCUUUUGCUGGUGUCCUGCACCUGGAAGUUGUGAUGCUAAAGUAUUAUGAUGUAAUGACUGUGAUUUCACCUCCAGAAUUUGGAUGACUCUAGGACAUAGGCAAGAUCAGAUUGUAAACUUCUAGGACUGAAGGCCAUGGUGCGUGUGGAUCAUGGUAAACUCACCAAAGCAAGUAAUGCCCUUGAGAUGAUCCUGCAGCAGCUUGUCAUUGCUUUCUUUUGUUGACACCCAGUCUUUGCUGUAUUACAUUAAAGUUGCAUAAAUCCA